AUGGGCAGCGGUCUGUGCAGGAGUAGAGGAGAUGAAAGACCGGCCAGGGCUGUACGACGGGGGUUCGACGGAUUGUACCGGAAGAUAGUUUUCAAUUACUCUAAACAGUGGACGCGUUAUUCAGACAAAAACAAGAGGAGUGAAAAAAAAAAUACCAAACACAAUAAGAGCAGACAGAAGAAACCGAUCAUCAGUGGACCGUUUCCGGCAGAUCCGGACCGUCUGCAAGGCGAAAAGUGGCAGUACGUGAUACUGACGCGGUUGGACACAGAACCGCCUCCCGAACGACCUCCUCGAACCAAGCGCUGCCGCCGGCAGGAGACGACGAUCAGUGGCGUCAGUGGCAUCGUCCGUUGGGGAUCGGAGCGGCGACGGCAGCGGUCGUUCGGUCGCAGGCGGCAGACGACGCCGCCUCAGAGUCUGUCCACCGACGAGCUGAAGGAAUCUGUGUCGUCAGGACGAGUCGACAUUGGCGAUGGUGGCGGAACGGUCGAAAGAGCUGCGAAAAAAAAAGCGACGUUGGCUUUCGACAAGGCCGUCAAAAACACUUCGAUGUGGGUCGUUUUGUGGUCGGGCGCCAUCGUCGCCGGUCGGACGUACGCUGCCCGACAAAACGGUUUGCUCAAGUCCGUCGCCCUCGCCCAUGCGAUGGCCAACGAUUUGACGUCGUAA